AUGGAAUCAUAACUCAAAGACUAUGUAUAUUCCUUAUUAAAAACUUAAAUUACUGAAAAUCUUACUUUAACAGACAAAGAGAAAAAACUUAAUCAUUAAACUGGAUUUAUGUAUAUAAGAUAUCUAUAUUUAUAUAGAUGUUUUCUUUAAGGUUAUUGUCUUGAGAUUGGACACUAAGUGUAAUCUAAUAUCAAGUAAGCAAUAUCUCAUUACUUAUAUGGCGUUAAGUAUUUUGCAGAUCCAUUAUGUGCAUAUUAAUUAGAGCAAUAUUAUACUAAACAUAAGAAUAAGAUCUUGGCUUCUUUGUAAAUAAUCAUAAUAUGACAAUUUAGUUGCAAAUAUCUAUAUUACUUAUUGAUUGAAUUGGUUUAUGAAAUCAAACAUUCCCUCAAAAAAGUUGAAUGUGAAAAAUACAAUGAUGCUAUAUAAGAAUUAGCCCCAACACCAGAUAUUCCUUUAAAUUAAAUGAGCAAUUUUCUAUAGGCUCUUUUUCUUUUUAGAGAAAAUGAAUCAUAAUAACAUUUUGAUUCCCUGUUAAUGAAUUAUGAAUAAAUGAGUGCUAAAAUACAUGCCUAUCCCAUAUUUAUUAAACAAUUUACUUAAUAAACAAAAAAUCCGGAUAAAUGUCCUGAUAUCAUUUAUAAAUUAUGUUAGCUGGUUAAUCCUGAACCCUUCUUAAAUUAGGUAUUAAUUAUAUUUUAACAACAAGAUAGUGUUUAUUUAAUAUAUCCCUUUAUGGGAUGAUUGAUAAUUCACAUUUGAAUUCCAUUCGUUAAAUUGUUUUUGAGUUAAGUUAUCUUAAUAGACCAGAGAAUUAUGUUGAAGUUAUUGAAUAAUUGUAUACUAAAACAACAUAAUAUGCAAUUAAUAAAAUAUAAAUAUUCCAAAAAAGAGCUAAAGUAUUAAAGGAAUUAGAUUUAGAGGAAGAAAAAAUAAAAUAGAUAGUCUAAUAAAAUUCAUUGAUCAGUCUAUAUAUAAUAGGUAAAAGACAAAAGGAUAAAUCAAAGAAUUGCCUUUUAUGUAAAGCUAAAGUAUUACUUAAAAAUCCUUGGCCAGAAAGUCCUUUUAUUACUUUUGUUUAUAUGUUCUAUUAAGCAAAAUUAGAAUUACAUCAUCAGAAUCAUGAUGGUUAUACAAGAUUGAUUGAUUAAAGUAUAUUUGAAGAAUCUAAAAAGUUUUAUGAUAGAAAUGCUGUUAUUUUUUAAUAAGUAAGGACAUUUUAAUUCUAUUGUAUUCGAAGAAGAUUAGAUAAAUAAAGAGAUAAAAUUACAUUUAAAAACAAAUAGAUUCAAGCUAUGUUUGAUUAAAAGAUAAUUAAAUAAUUAGAUCUUUCAAGAGACAAUUUUUAAUCAAUUCAGUUAAGUUAAAUUGAAUUAAGAAGAUCAAUUGUGAAUCAAUCCCCAGAAAAGAAAAUCAUAGAUGCAAUCAAAUAAACAUAUAGUAUUUAUGUUAACAGUGGCAAUAAGAAAUUAAAUUUUGAUAGAACUAUUUAAGGGCCUCAAAUUAUAUUUUAAUUAGAUGAGAAACAAAUACAGAAAUCAAGAUUCAUAGAAUUAGAGAAUAAGAUCAGAUAUACUAAAUUAAAUUUGAUAUAAUAAGAAGAAAUUUCUGGAAUUUAAUUUAUUAGUAAAAGUAAUAGAGAUGGUCAAUUAAGCAUAGGUAAAUAUUAAGGAUAAUUGAUAUCUAUAAAAACAUUAGCUUAUAUGAAUUAUGAUCAGAUUUAAUAAUAUUUUAAAUUCAUAAAAAAGUUUUUAAAUUUAGAACAUUAAAAUAUUAGGACUAUAAUUGGAUAUAAUAUAGAUGAUCUUUAAGAAUAAGAUUUAAGUGGUUAGAUCAAUAUUUUAACAUAUAAAUAUGAUUAUAAUUUAAGAACUUUUUUGUAAAAGAAUAAUAUUUCAAUUAAAGAGAGAUGGCAUAUGGCAGUGUAAAUAAUAGAUGCUAUUUAUUAUUUACAUUAAAAUGAGAUUAUCUUUUGUAAUUUACAUCCUAAUAAUAUUCUUAUUGAUGGAGAUUUACAUGUACCUGUACUUAUUGAUUUUGAUCUUUAAUUUGAUAAAGAUUAUAUAGAUAUUUAAUAUAUGGCUAAAGAAGUUAUUGAAGAAGAAAUGCCAUUAUUUACUGAAAAAAUUGAUAUUUAUUCAAUAGGAUGCAUCUUACUUUAUUUAUUUUUUGGUUGUGAAUUUCAAUUUAAGCAAUCACAGUAUAUUAUUAUUAUUUAUUUAUUUUAUUAGUCAUUCUAUAACUCUAAAUUUAGAAGACUUUCAAGACUUGAAUCCACAUUAAUCUAAAAAUGUUGAUUUUCAUAUACCUACUAAUUCAGAUACUUUACAAGAAAAGGCUAGAAUGAUUACAUUAAAAUGUUUAAAUGGAGAGCUUGAAUUAUUAAAUUUGCUUCAACAUUUUUAUGAUAAUGCUUGA